AAAAGUGAUUUCCACACACACAUCUUACUUAUAAUACUUUAUGUGAUAUACAUAUAUUAUUAAAUAAUAGGAUAUUAAAACUUAACAUUAUUCAUUUUUUAAUUAWUAAAAAACUUUGUUUAAGUUUUUUUUUAUCAAUAAAAUGUAUUGAAAUUAGUUGAAUAUUUUUCUGUUUUGGUACUUACAUUAGAUCUCUGUAUGUUUUGUGAGGUUCUGUUACUUGGUUCAUAAGCAAAUUAAUAUAAAGUWUUAUUCUAAUAAAUUAAUUAUAUUUWACUUUAACAUGCCUGGUGAAUUAACAGCAGAUGCAAUUACUUUAGAGCUUGGAGCUCAGGAACCAUGGCCUCAAAUGAUACAAUUGUAUCAACCAUUUGAAGUAGAACAAAUAUUAUUGCCAGACAAUGCUAAUUGUCUUGCUGUCCAAGCUUUUCUCAAAAUGUGUAAUUUGGAGUUUGAAAUAAUAUCAAAAAGGGAUGCCGAGUAUAUGUCACCAACCGGUUCUUUACCUUUCAUUAAAUGCGGUGCAUUUGUAUUAUCUGAGUUUGACAAUAUAGUGUCGUUUAUUUCUAACAAAGGAACAAGUUUAUCCAAUCAUUUAAAACCUGAAGAUAAAUCAGAUAUGAAAGCUUAUAUUUCAUUAGUCAACAAUGUUUUUGUUAAUGCAGAACUUUACAUUUGUUGGGUUGAUUCAACGACGUUAGAAGAAGUAACUAAACAAAGACAUGGAAGUGCUUAUCCUUGGCCCCUUAAUCAUUAUUUAAAUUGGCAAAAGAGAAAGCAAGUUAUAAAAAGGCUCAAUGUACUUGGUUGGUAUAAUAAAACUUUGAAAGAAGUCGCUGAUGAAGUUAAAAACUGUUGUGUGAUAUUAUCGGAAAGAUUGAAUGAAAGAAACUUCUUUUUUGGUAACGAAAAUCCAAACGAAUUGGAUGCCCUAGUUUUUGGGCACAUAUUUACGAUUAUUACAACACCUCUUCCAAACAACGUACUAGCGAAUAUUGUUAAGAAUUUUCCAUCGCUUGUGAAUCUCUGCAAACGCAUCGAGAAUAGCAUUAUUCCCUCUACAAACAUUAUCAGUCUAAUAGAUUAACAAAACGUUGGAGGCGAGAGAUAAGUGACACAUCUAAGGAGAAUUAUAAUUAUUGCAAGAGUAUAAUAUAAAACUUAUACAAGGUGUUUUUAUUGCUCGGCGAAAAGUUUUUUCUUUAUUUUUGUUUUUUUGUUUAGUUAUUAUUAAAACAUUGAUUAUGGUAAUAAUACUCUGUUCUCGUAUUAAAAAGAUGAAAGAGUUAUUUUUUAUAUAUCUGUGUAUAAUGUUCAUGCUACUUGUACCGAUAUUAAGUAUAUAUCAUUUAUAUCAUAUAUAACGCUUAUAAUUUUAUACAGAAAAUUUGUUUAAUCUCAUAUUUUUUAAGCUUUCUUUUUAAAAUAUAUACUUUUUUAUUAAUCUCAAUGCAAUUAUUGAUAAAGGACAGGUAAUUACUAUUUAAAGUUGUAUAUGUAUUGUGCUUGCUAAUAUUAUGUUUUUAGUUGAAAUACAAUAUGCAUCUGUUUUUAAGCAUGUUUUUAAAUAAUAGAACAGAGUAAU